AUGUCCUCCCUAUCGUCACCGCCGUAUUCUGCAAAAAAGCAGCCGUCAGACUUCUCAAGCCUGAAAUGGCACGAACUUCCGCCCGAAAGCAGAAUCAGGGACUUUUAUGGCGGGAAGAAAUGGGGUUGGGUUGUUUACCGGUGCUCCUACGACAAAGAGCUCGAUGCCCGCUGGAAGGACCUCAAGCGACGUGUCCUAGAGAACUUCCGGGAGAAGGUCGCCGCGUAG